AGCAACAUGUCAAUGACAAGUUCACCCACCCCACAUGCUGUUUAAACGCGUGCUCGUAUUUACUCUCGUUUACGUUCGUGUGACUGACGCGCAGCGUAUUUACGCACCGGAGAGAGAACAGACGGGCUGCUGCUGACUGACAUCCACUCCACUGAGCUCCAGAGCGGAGGUCUCGCCUUUAUCACAUUCAAUUAACCUGUGAUGCUUGCCCGGUGAUGCGCAAGGUCUCGGCUCGGUCCACUACACCGCUUUUACGCGCAGGCGUUGAUGGAUCUGUCCGUUAACCACAGACGAACAUCCGCGCACCGUGCCGCGCGCUAGACGUGAGAGAACAGGAUAGUCGUCAAGGACGGGUUACUUCUUCAACUGAAUUCGUUCAGAGAGUGUAAGAAAUCGAUGAGAAACAUCGUGCACGUGCACAGCAGCCCACACCAAUCCAAGAAUGGAACUUCUUACCUGGGUAUGAGAGGUCUAUGAAUGGGACUGUGCUGUGGCCACGACGGCUCUCCAGUCAGGACUAUGUGCUGCCCGCGCACCCCUCUGAAUGCACUGGCCAACUGUUUGCGAGAACAGGGAGGGCGGGGCGGCCCACCGGGGACGAGCUGGAAGCAGGGUCACGCCGGCUCCUUUCCGAAUCGCUGUGCUGGGGGCCCAAGGGGUGGGAAAAACAGCGAUUGUACAGCGCUUUCUUCACUAUGACUACAGUGAGGUACCAGUGUCCACUAAAACGCGCAGGGUGCACCUUUCUGCCGCAGUGCUUAACGGUCAUGUCCAUGACCUCCAGAUCACAGAUUAUCCGGCCAUCAGCAGGUUCCCUGUCAGCACUUUGCAGGAAUGGUCAGACGUUUGCUGUCGAGGCAUUCGAAGUGCUCACGUCUACAUCCUGGUAUAUGACAUCUGCUGUUUCGACAGCUUCGAGUAUGUCAAAACCAUGCGGCAGCAGAUCCUGGAGACCAGGGUCAUGGGGUCUGGGGACACUCCUAUUCUGAUUGUGGGCAACAAGCGUGAUCUGCAUCGAGGUCGCGUCAUCCCCCGGCACAGGAUAUCUGACUUAGUCCAUAAGAGCUGGAAGUGCGGAUAUGUGGAGUGCUCUGCAAAGUUCAACUGGCAUAUUCUUUUGCUGUUCGGAGAUGCGCUACGCAGUGUGGGAUGCGCACGCUGCAAACACAUCCACGCCACCAUCCGUUUCCAGCGAGCGCUCAGGAGAGAGCGCUGCGUCCUGAUGUGACAUUCACAGUCUCAACUGUAAUGGAUAGUUAAAAUGGUCCAUGGGAUUUUUCAGGUUAUGGCUGCUUCAUGGUUUCCUGGUCAUAUAGGGAGGUGCAGUAACACUUGCCAAGGAUGUCAUUUGGGAUUUUAAUAGUAAAAUGACAGACAUGGUCGAAAAAAGGAAGUCAGUCCCCGUUGCUUCUAAACUUUAAACUGAUGUUUCCUCAUUAAGCCUAGAAGAACGCAACAUCUCUGCCUCAUAGCCUGGAAAUCCAAACUGGAAAAAUAAAAUAAUGUUACAAUAGCUCUGUUCUGUCAUUCAGGCAGGGACAGCAAAUGCGCACUCACCUAUGCUUAUGCUGAGCCAAUGCUGAAGGGUCUUCAUCACCUGAUUGAUUUACAAAGCUUAUGUAAUUUUCUUCUUAUGAAAAGUGAAAAUAUUUGAGAACUUUUUUAAGAAGGAACAUUCUCACAAGCUUCAUUUAGUUUAUCUUAAGAACAAUCUUAUAUUUUGUCUUAAGAACAGUUUUGUGAAUCCGGUCCCAGGUGCCCAAAAUAGGCACCUCUCAUUCUGCAAUUCUCCACAGAACACAAACCAGUCUAGUUUCUGAUGUGGACACUUUAUCAAGGAACUUUUUGAUAGUGUAUUAUCUCAAAAAUCUCAUUUAUGCCAAGGUAUGAAAAUGUGUCACAAUAGUCACAUUAAUUUAUUCAUUUGAAGAAUAUAAUCUCUUAGUGUAUUUUGAUCCUAUGGUCAUAAAUUGUAAAGCGCACAUGUUUUAGGCAGAGGACAAUAUUCAUGCGAGACAAAGAAAAUGUAUCUUCCUUACUGAUUUUACCCAACACAUAACAAAUCAGCUAAUGAUGCACAACCCUGUCUGAACAAAUACAUGAUAAGCACAUGUACGUCUAAAGAUGAUUGUAGUCUAAUAAAUGGAUAGACACUGAAAACAAAUCCUUUUUUUGUUUGUAUCUCUUUUUCAUAGCCAAUGUGUUGUUAAAGAUCCUACUACAAUUAUUGUAAAAUCUAUAAUAAAGAGUUGAUUUAAAGCUGGAACAGUAUAAAUCAAUAAGGCAAAACACAAUUAAGCUGAGUGAGACUAAGCUAGUGUGUACUAAAGCUUUGUUGUAAUUAUUUGUUC